CACCACACCUGACUGGGAGUUUUGCCAUCCCUAAUUUAAAUGUUGUUGUUUACAACAGCUCUGUUGCAGCAACGAAAAUUUAUGUUUAAACAUAUUACUUAGUUGUGAUUUUGUAUUUGUUGCCGUCUUCGAUUCGCGCAAGAUGAUUUGUCGCCUGUGCCUGCGGUGCCUCAGUCCCGGGAGCGCCGUUUUCCUCUUUGAGACGGACGAUACGCUGGCGGAGACGCGACUGGUGAAGAUGAUCGCCAAAUUUCUGCAGCUGGAGAUCCUGCCCGACGACGGCAUCUCGACCAGCGUCUGCACCGAAUGCUGCGAGCACCUGGAGGACUUUAACGGCUUCUGGCAGCUGGUGGAGCAGAAGCAGUGCUCGCUGAAGAAGGAGUUCCUCACCGUGGACGUCGAUUGCGCGGCCAUGAAGUGGACGGGCGGCGUCGACGUGGACGUCAACAUCGAUGAGCUGCCGCUGGCGACUGGCGACAUGGACGAGAAGCCACUGGACCUGCACAACCUGAGCCUGCUGGGCAGCGUGCUGGACGUGAAUGUGGACAGUGUGGAGGUCAGGGAGCAGGUCAAGGAACAGAUGCCCGGCGAGUCCGAGGAGGAGAACGAGAAGCCCUGCCUGAUGGCCAGCGAGGUGCAGCUAGAAGACGACUCCUCGGAUGAUGAACCCCUUGUCCGGCUGCAAACCAAGAUGAAGCCCAAGCCCAAGGCCAAGCGCAAGGCCUCAGACCGUUCCUCCACUGGCCAGAGCACCAUUUCCCUGCACCGGGAGCUGGCCGAUCUGCUCGACGAUGGCAGCAAGCGGCGACGCAGAAGGGCACCUGACCAGCGGGCACCCACCGAUGUGCAGGAGACCGAGCUGCAGGCCGUACUCGAGCGCAAGCCCAAGGGCUGCUCCCGCGCCCAGCUGGCCAAGAGCUACGAGGAGGCCAUCGCCAGCUACAUGAGCGCCAGCUGCGACCUGUGCGACUUUAGUGCUCCCUACCUCUCCGAGCUGAAGGCCCACUUCCUGGAGGUGCACCAGCGCGAGUACUACAUCAAGUGUUGUGGAAAGAUCUUCACGCGCGCUUCCAAGCUUAUGGACCACAUCCGCAAACAUGUCAAUCCCAAGCUAUUUACCUGCACCAUUUGCCAGAAGUCGCUCAACUCGCAGGACUACCUGGCCACGCACAUCGAGACGGUGCACAACAAGGUCGCCCAGAUCGACAAGGUGCUCAAGUUCCCCUGUCCCAAGUGCGAUCGCACCUUCAGCAGCGAGCGCCGAAUGGCCAACCACCUGUCCAAGCACGACACCGAUCAGUUGGAGCACACAUGCGCGAUCUGCUGCAAGAGCUUUGCGAAUAUACACAGGCUGCGACGCCACAUCCAAUCCAUCCACGAGGACUUGCAUCGCCACGUUUGCGACAUCUGCGGCAAGAAGUUCAAGUUCAAACCCUCCUUCGACCGCCAUUUGCUAGAGCACCAGGGUGUGGUGGCGCCGGCGGUGGAGUGCCCUGUGUGCGGAGUCUGGCUGAAGAACGAGCACAGCCUGCGCCUCCACCGAUUCACGCACGACAGCACGGACACCGUGUGUCCGCACUGCGGCAAGACCUGCACCUCGCGCACAGCGCUCCGGGGUCACGUGAAGUACGCCCACAAGCUGACCACCAAUCUGCAAUGCACAUUCUGCGAGAAGACAUUCAAGCAGCAGCGCAACCUGGACGAACACAUGGCCAUCCAUACGGGCUUGCAGCUGUACAACUGCCCGCAUUGCCCGAAGGAGUGCCGCUCCCGCUCCAACAUGUACGUCCACAUCAAACAGCGCCACGCGGACGAGUGGCUGCGCGCCAAGAUGGCGCGUUCGCACAAUCCCCAGUUCAAGCCGGGAUCCACCGAUGUUUAAUCCUGAUCCUGCACAAAUAUGUCUAACCAUUAUACUUUUAAUUAACUAUA